AUGACUACUGCCAAAUCUAUAAGCAGAGAAUGGCUAUUUGAAGCUAAAAGAAGAAUAGAAGAAGGUGAAUCUUACAAAAGUGUGGGAAAGGAAGUUGAAUUGGAAAAUGGUAAAAUUAAAUUGAAUGUUGCCGAAAAUACAAUAAGAAGAGCAUUUCAACUUCAAGAAAUCGAAUUACCAAAAGUUAGUCGCGGCAGAAAACCAAAUCCACCAACAUUUGAGCAAAAACAAUUAAUUAAUUCUUGUGUUUCACAAUAUAAAGGAGGAAUUUCAAAAACUUAUUUAUUGAUUAAAAGGUUUCAAAAUAUUGCUCAAAAUCCCGAUUGUGAGAAAGAAAAAGAAGAAAUUGCAAAAGAAUUUGAAAAUAUAGAAGAUUUGACAAAAGAUCAAAUUUUUGACAAUUUACAAAAAAUAAAGCAUCAUCAAGUGGAAAAAUUUAUGAUGGAAUCAGGUUUAUCUUCAAAAAAACCACUACCAAAUAUCGUGCCAUAUCAAAGAAUUUGA